CUACGCUACUCUGAUGAGCACAAGCUUAAGGCCGGUUUUCCCUUAUCUUUUUUUUUUUAAAAAAGCGUAGACUAACAUAGACGCUCGCACCACUGGUUGCUCCUGCAUUAAAACAGCCUUGCCUGACCACCAUUUGCCUCCGAUCCUCCAUCAGCCAAGCAUGGGUGGAGUCAAGAAUCAGGCAUUCGCCGAGGACGGCCCCAAGCAUAUGAUCGAGGUUGACUGGGACAAGGAGGAGCACCGCCGGUGCGUCACCGCGUGCCUAGUCAAAGGCACCUACGUGAUGGAGCACGACCGGAGCACGGGGCAGGAGAGCUCGCCCAGGCCGCUGGCGCCGGCGUGGUGGGAGAGCUUCCACUUCCGGCGCUGGCGCGACUACGAGCUCGAGUUCGCGUGCGAGUGCGCCAUCUGCAACACCAGACGACGCGUCUUCCAAGACCGGGGCAGGUGGUUCAUCUACGGAGCCGUCUUCGAGUACACGCCGCCGGCGCCGGGCGGGCGCCACCCGUCGGCUCCGAGAUUCGUCAUCGCCUUCCGCGGCACCAUGCUACGGGGCCCCACGCUGUUCCAUGACAUGCGUAACAACCUCAGCAUCCUGCUCAACAAGCAGCACCUGUGCGGCCGCUUCCGCCACGCACGCGACAAGGUCAGACAACUCCUGAUGAGCACCAUCCCCAUUAAUGGCGGCGGCGGCAGCUCCUCCGCGGCCGUCUGGCUCGCCGGCCACUCGCUUGGCGCGUCGAUCGCGCUGGACGUGGGGCGAGAUCUGAUGAGCGGAAGGGGGCUCAACCUGCCGACCUUCCUGUUCAACCCGCCGCACGUGUCCCUGGCUCCGGCGAUCGGGGAAGACGCGAGGAGGGACGUGUACACCAUGGGCUACGUGGGCAAGUACCUGCUUGGGAAAGCUCUGCCGCGACACAAGAACCACAUGGACGAGCUGUUCCGGAAGCUGAGCCCGUGGGUGCCCAACCUGUACGUGCACCCGGAGGACGCCAUCUGCAAGGGCUUUAUCGACUACUUCGAGCAGCGGGAGCGGAUACAGCAGCGCCAUCCCCGCCUGGCGUCGGCCGCGUCGCUGUCGUACCGCGACAUGCUGCUCGGCAAGCAGCGUGAGCGGCCGCACCACAUACCAUCGGCGAUGGUGUGGAAGAACCGGAGCCAGCACGGCGACGGGCACGGGCUCUCGCAGUGGCGGGAGCCCGAAGGCUCGGAGAAGCUGUUGCUGAGCCCCAAGCGAUACACGUGGCCGUGAAUGUAGACGAUAUGAUUUCUUGCAUUGUGCUUGCUGUUCGAUCUGCAAUCUAUUUGCAUUGAUUCAGCGGGUGUACGUUUGUAACUUCAGUUUGGGUAUGCUAUACGAGUUUUGAUUUGUGGUACAAGAGGGCGGCGUGUUGAACAUUUUUAGAUUAAGGAAUAUGAAUAUCCCAGCCUCCA